GCGUCUAUUCUAACCUUCAACUCAACGCCAGCUAUCCUUUCGACGUUCGAUCUUUCGCUCUGGUUUCUCGUCGCAGAGGCACUCGGCACCAUGGACUUCGCGUCUCUUAUGUCCAAGGAGAUCUCCAAAUCCAAAGCCCCGAAAUCCGACGCCCCCGACUCCUCCAAACCCAAAUACGCCCGUCGCGGCGACGUCGAGGCCGCCCGCGUUGCCGCCUACAAUGAGGAGCAAGAGCGUCUGAGUCGCGAGCGCGAAGAGAAGCUCAACCAAAAGCGCAAAUUCGAGGACGAGGAGGCUGAGCGACGCCGCGAGCGCGACGACAAAAAGCGCAAGUUAGCUGAGGAGUCCCGGAAGAAGCGCGAGGAGGAGGAAGCGGCGCGUGAACGUGAGAGGAGAAAGAGAGUCGGUUUGCCUGAGGUACCGCCAACGGAGGCAGGGGAUGAUAAGGAUGGGGCGAAUGGCGAGGAGGAUAUUUCGGAGGAGGAGCUGUUGGAGAAGCUGCGGGGAAUGGACGAGCCGGCUAUCUUGUUCGGGGAGACGCAUAAGGGCAGACUCAAGCGGUAUCGUCGGCUGGUGCAGCGGUCGUUGACGCCGAAGCCGAAAAUGUCGGAUGGCCCGAUACCAACGACGCUGGAGUUGGUGCCGGAGGUCGAGAUGAAGAUUCCCGAGAAGGUACCGAAGGACUUGGAGGGGAAGAGGUUCCUCUUCCGCCAGCUGGCAUCGUACUUCAAUAUGGUUCUGAAGGAGUGGGAGCUGGCGCUGGCGAAGCGAGAUUUGUCAGUCAAGCAGAGCAUGCAGGGACGGCAGGCCUACAAUGCGAUGGUGCAGUCAAAGGAGAAUAUGACGCCGUUAUUUCGGAAGUUGGAGAAGGAGGAUAUCGAUGAUGGGGUGGUCGAUCAUGUUGUCGAGAUUGUCUCCAAGGCCCAGCAGCGGCGAUAUGUGGAUGCAAAUGAUGCUUAUCUGCGACUGAGUAUUGGAAAAGCAGCCUGGCCCAUCGGUGUGACCAUGGUUGGUAUCCACGAGCGAUCCGCCCGAGAGAAGCUGCACCAGAGCGAUCAGCAGGCCCAUAUUCUGAGCGACGAGUCUACCCGGAAGUACCUACAGAGCAUCAAGAGAUGUCUCAGCUUUGCGCAGACACGGUGGCCCCCGGAUGACCAGCUGCAGAUCAUGGGUUAGACCACGGAGAUGUGAGUGAAUGUCACUUUGUAGCAAUGAUCUAAUGCCCUUCGAUGUUGUGCUCCGGCUUUUCCCGUUCUUCAAUGGUACUCACUUACCGAAUUUACCUACCUACAAUCUAGGCCCUACUCGGAUGCGUGACUCUACCGGUGUUUCAUGGAAAGAAACUGCAGUAAUAAUUUCUAGUCACUUCCAUUCAAUACAGG